CCUUCCUCUCUUCGCCUUCCUUUGGACUACAACUUGGACAUAGUAUCGAGGUGCCAGCCACAACCGAGAAGAUGAGACAACAAUGUGGGAUGCCAAAUAACAAGAAAGAAGGGACCAGGAUCCCUGAGAGGCCGUAUGGAGCAGAGCCACCGAUAUCACUCAUCAAGUCUGAACUGUAAGAAGUGGCCUUGGACCACCAGAGCCUCGGACCCAGAGCCAAAAGGGGACACGAGUUACCUUACCUGAUGCAGCAAGUGAUGCCAAGAGUACGGGAAGGCAGAAGAGGCUACCUCGGGGACACACACCAAAUGCACGUCCCCCCGCCCCGUCCCCUCCCCGGAACCCCACCCUCGGGAGCAGCAACGGCUAGGAGAUCCAGCACGUUUCCUGCCAGGCGGCCGGCGGCGAGCCGCUCCCCUACCCGCCCACCACACCGCCACCCACUUACCACUCGCUCCUCGGGGACACCUCGGGGCCCCGCCUUCCCGGGGCCGGGGCGUGUGUCACUGGCCAUCCUAGGAGGCCACGUCCCCUCUCGGAGGUCACAGCGCGAGGCACGGGUACGCGACCCUCCCAGCCGGCGGGGGGAGGAGGGCUGGGGGAGCCGCACCCGUCGGAGGAGUCUGGGUCACUCCCCACCAGACGGAUGGCGAGGACCUCCCCGCGGGAGCUCUCUCCGCGUUUCUGGCACCCUCCCUCUGCCGCCGGGGGGAGCCGAACUCGGGUUCCGAGGAAAGUGCACGAGAAAGUUGGUGACAUCUCAAGACUCGGCCCCGAGAAGGAGAUCGGGACGCACGGUGGAAGCCGCAGAAGGACCAUCCUCCCGGCAGCCCACGCCCCACUUCCCGGGGCUGCGACACUGCACGGGCUUACCUGCUCCAGGACCCGCGGGCCCGCGCCGCCUGCCUGCCAGCCGCCGCCGCCGCCGCGUCCCGAGCGGGCCGCGCUCCUCUGGGCGUGUUUGGGUCGUCAGUGAUCGCGGGGGAGUGUGCGAGUGUGAGUUCCGUGGAGCAACGUGCUUUAAAAAGGAAAUGUGAAGGACCAGACAAAUCCGAAAGGAAAAAAAAAAAA